UACAUCGUAAACAGAGCUGCGAAGUUACAUCGAGCUUGUUGUAUUUUGUCGUGUCCAGUUUAAUAUACCGUUAUCUUGACGUUAGAUAUAAUUUUUAAGUAGUAUAGAAAACAGGGAUUUGUCAAACCAGCGUUUUUGUAGGGUUCAAUGUAUAAUCAGCUAACUGGCUAGCUAUUCGCUGAAGCAUUACUAGCUAAGUAUCCGACGAUUUAAGUGUCAAUGUAAAUGUGGAUUACAGGUCAGUAAACCAGCAAACGCUGCCAGGCGAUAGAGAUAAGUAACUAUGCCUGAGAAUAGUCGGCCAGAGCUUAAUGGAAAAGAUUCAGAUUCAGUUAGCCCAAAAAGACGACGGCACAGUCGGUCUCGUAGCAGAAGUCGCUCUCCUGACCGUGAAUUGAGCCCCGCACUCAAGACCACCAAAUACGACGACAAGGAAGAUCGCAAACCACGAUGGUCUGAGUCUAGAGAAAGAAGCCGGACCCGGUUUCGUACGGGGAGCCCUCGCAGUCGCUCUAGAUCGAGGGAGAGAUCCAAUUGGUCUGAUUAUCGGGAUAGGGGUUAUGGCCCAGGAUCUCGGUCUGAUUACUACGAUAAAAGGGAUGAUGCCCAGCGUCAGAGACAAGAGGCUUUUAUUGCCAGGCGCCUACAAGAAAGAGAGAGAAUUGGUGAGCUGGGAUCACCAGAGGUCUGGGGCUACUCGCCAAGAGUUCGAGAACCCGACUCUGAUGAACACACUCCUGUUGAAGAGGACGUGAAGAACGACAGCUCUAGUUCAAGCUCAGAAGAGGAAAGAAAGAAGAAGAAGAAGAAAAAGAAAUCAAAAAAGAAGAAAAACAGGAAACAUUCUGAGGACAGCGAAUCAGCGAGUGACACCGAUGAAGAGGAGGUGGCAAAGAAGAAGAAAAAGAAGAAGAAGAACAAAAAGAAGAAAUCAAAGAAAAAGAAGGCUAAGAAGAACCGUAAAGAUUCGAGCGACUCCAGCAGUGACCAGUCUGAGGAGGAAGAGGAGGAUGAUAAUGAAGACCUGUGGGUGGAGAAAACCUGUACUAAUGGGCACAUCGUCGGUCCCGAAGCGCCGCUCACACACAUGUCUCAGGAUGAUAGACCUCUAGAUUUCGGCCACGCCCUGUUGCCAGGUGAGGGUGCAGCCAUGGCAGAGUACGUGAAAGCAGGUAAGCGUAUCCCGAGGAGAGGUGAAAUCGGUUUGACCAGCGAUCAGAUCGCAGACUUCGAGAAGUCCGGCUACGUGAUGAGCGGCAGCAGACACCGUCGCAUGGAAGCCGUGCGUCUGAGAAAGGAAAACCAGAUCUACAGCGCGGAUGAAAAGAGAGCUCUGGCCUCCUUCAACCAGGAAGAAAGACGCAAGCGGGAAAGCAAGAUCCUGUCCAGCUUCAGAGAAAUGGUGUACAGGAAAACAAAGGGCAAAGAGGAGAAGUAAAAGGCCGUCUUCAAAAUGGUCACCUUUCGGCUGAUGAACCUUUUAUUUUUUUAUUUUUUUUUGAAGAUUCUGGUUUCAAGCUUAUGUUAGACAUCUCUUUGCUUUUGCGCUCUCAACUUGACGUCAGUCACGAUCAAGGCUAAGAGCUUUUUCAGCAAGUCUUCUCUGUACAUGUUGUUUUUCCAUUAAAAUUGCGAUCUGUGAUUUUUCUAGCGGUGCGCUGUCGUACAAAUAUUUUGAAACAGUUCCUUUUUUCCCAUUGUUGUCAACAAAUAUUGUAACCUUUUGACUACUGGCUAUUGAAAGUUAACCAGAGACAAAUUAGAAAAACUGUCUAAAACUGUUUAAUUUCUAAGUGUUCUGUUUCAAUUGAAAUGAGUGAUCAAGGGACUGGAAAGUUCAGAAUCUCAAAGCUGAAAUGUUACAAAAUAAAAAAUGUGAGAGUUAAGAGUUUUGCAGAUGUGCUGAAACUUUUGAACAGCAGCUGAAAUUAGCAGCAAAACACUUUUUGUGUGUUGGUUUUCCAGAAAACGAAUCAAAUGGGAUUGCUGUGUUAAGUCAAUAAGGAAGCCUUUUAUGUCUUCAGUCUUGCUUUUUUUUAAGUAAACAUUCUAUGAAGCAAAUUUUAAUGAUGAUGAUUUAGUGAUGAUCAUCCAGCUACAAU